ACAGAAAAGCGAAACCACGACUCUCUGUUUUACUCAUUAUCUUACACGAUGGCUCCAAUCAUACAACAUACUUCACCGUACUACACCACAAAUCUCCACUUCUCACGAAACCACCACCACCAUGCUAUUAAACAUCUCGUCUCCCCCAAUCUCUCACCGUAAUAACAACCCUCACUUCCUCUCCACUCUCAACCACCUCCCUCCCCGAUCCAAAACCCACCUCUCAAAAUCCCACCUUUCCCCCAACCUCUCCCCUUUCCCGACCCAAACCCUCAGAAACAGACCAUCAUCCUUCCGACACAACCGCUUCUUCCCACAUGGACAAGAAGAACGGCUCGGUCUCACACCAAGAGCUCUCCCCGGCGGGAUCGACCUGGGAAGCUUCGAAUCCGUCCUAGAAGCCACAGCCGUCCUCACCGCCAUCAUCGUCGUCCACGAGUCCGGCCACUUCCUCGCGGCCACUCUCCAAGGGAUCCACGUCAGCAAGUUCGCCAUCGGGUUCGGUCCGAUCCUCGCCAAGUUCGAUUUCAAGAACGUCGAGUAUUCCCUCAGGGCGUUCCCUCUCGGUGGUUUCGUUGGUUUCCCCGACAACGAUCCCGACAGCGAGAUCGCAACCGACGAUAAGAACUUGCUCAAGAACAGACCGGUUUUAGAUAGAUCGAUUGUAGUUUCCGCUGGAAUCAUAGCUAAUGUGGUUUUCGCUUACGUUAUAAUCUUUGUGCAAGUCUUGUCUGUUGGUUUGCCUGUUCAAGAAGCGUUCCCUGGUGUUCUCGUCCCCGAAGUUAAGACCUUUUCCGCUGCUUCUCGUGAUGGGUUGCUCUCUGGCGAUGUGAUACUCUCUGUGGAUGGGGCUGAGCUCUCUAAAACUGGACCUGACGCUGUCUCUAAGGUUGUUGAUAUUGUUAAAAGAAGCCCCGAGAGUGAUGUGUUGUUUAGGAUCGCGAGAGGGAAUCGAGAUUUGGUUGUUCGGGUUAGACCGGAUAAGAACUUUGAUGGGACGGGGAAGAUCGGUGUUCAGUUGUCUCCCAACGUUAGAAUCACCAAGGUGAGACCGAGGAACGUUGGUGAAACGUUUAGGUUCGUUGGGAAGGAGUUUAUGGGGCUGUCUUCUAAUGUAGUGGACGGUCUGAAGCAGACGUUCUUCAACUUCUCUCAGACGGCGAGUAAAGUAGCUGGUCCCGUGGCGAUCAUCGCAGUGGGAGCGGAAGUGGCGAGGUCGAACGCCGACGGGCUUUACCAGUUCGCAGCGUUGCUGAAUAUCAACCUGGCGGUGAUCAAUCUCUUGCCGUUGCCUGCGCUCGACGGUGGAACGUUGGCGUUGAUACUGUUGGAAGCGGUUAGAGGAGGGAGGAAGCUUCCUGUGGAGGUGGAACAAGGGAUCAUGUCUUCAGGGAUCAUGCUUGUGAUAUUCCUUGGAUUGUUUCUCAUUGUCAAGGACACACUUAGCCUUGAUUUCAUUCAAGAAAUGUUGUAGUUUUACAUCUCUUUUGCCCAAAAGAAAAAGUGUUUUCGAGUAAUGUGAUACUGAAUAUGGAAAUUGAUUUGUGUGAUUCGGUGAAUAACGAAAGGUCGGUCUUGAACU